GACCCCCCCUCUAUCUCCCCCCGCAGUCAGACGAUGGGACGUCACGUGUUUCUGAACAAACUGUGUUAACUGAAGGAAACUGAAGUGUGUCUGACAGCCGCGGCAGGACGAGUGAACCAAUCAGACUCACUGAAGGUUGCUGAAGGCUCAGAGGUCAGAGGUCAUCAUGCAGAGUAUAAAGUGUGUGGUUGUGGGUGACGGUGCUGUGGGGAAGACCUGCCUCCUCAUCUCCUACACCACCGGAGCUUUUCCCAAAGAGUACAUCCCCACUGUGUUCGACAACUACAGCAGCCAGGUGACGGUGGAUGGCAGGACCAUCAGUCUGAACCUGUGGGACACGGCGGGUCAGGAGGAGUACGACCGGCUGAGGACGCUGUCCUACCCGCAGACCAACGUCUUCAUCAUCUGCUUCUCCAUCUCGAGCCCCGCCUCCUACGAGAACGUCAAACACAAGUGGCACCCAGAGGUGUCCCACCACUGUCCCGGCGUUCCCAUCCUCCUGGUCGGCACAAAGAGCGACCUCCGGAACGACGCCGAGACUCAGAGGAAGCUGAAGGAGCAGAACCAGACGCCCGUCACCCACCAGCAGGGCGCCGCCCUCGCCCGCCAGAUCCACGCCGUGCGCUACAUGGAGUGCUCGGCCCUCAACCAGGACGGCAUAAAGGACGUGUUCGCUGAGGCCGUGAGGGCGUUUCUCAACCCGCAGCCCACCGUCACCAAGAAGCCCUGCGUCCUGCUGUAGGACGGCCGUCGCGCCGGGAACGCCGACUGGUUGAGAGACUGUUUGUUUUUAUGUUCAGUUAGAAUUUUAUCUUUUAAUAUUUAGGUAGUCUGGGGGGGUCGACCAUUGUCUCACAGCAUUUCUAACUCAGACUGAAAUAAGUCAAAUGAAACGAGGUCCUGUCAGCUGCAGGGACUGACCACAUCAGAGCGGGUGGGCGUGGCUCGAACCAUUACAGGUGACAGGUGUGUUAUUCUCAGCAGAUAGAUCAUUAAAGUCCAGGUGAACCAGAAUCAGAGCGCCGUUAGCGUCCUCGUAUUUAUGUUGUUCCUGUA